AUGACCUCUGUUGAAGAAGGAUACAGGGACAAAAAGGCAUCGCCAGUGAGGAAGGCUCCGGCUCAUCUUUCAGAGUUUUAUUCCUACGUGAAUGGAGCCUCUUCGUCUCCAUCAACCCCAGAACAGCAGCAACACUCCGCAACAUCGUCUCCGAAACGGCAUGAACCACAAUCGCCAUCGAGAAUUAGCGAAAACGGCAGAUACGAUUUCUCGCCAAAAAGACAUUUUACCAAUACCCUGCGAAAAGACUCAUUUACCACGCUGAACAGUAUUUCAUCCAUGACAUCCUCUACUCUAGACCUACCCACACUUAUUACGCAGAACGAUGUGAAGGAGACCAUUGGAUGUUAUAACGCUCUUCUUACUGCUGCUGAGAAUUACCGCAAUAGUCUUAUGGUUGUAUCCGACGCGGCAAGUGAUUUCGGAAAGGCGUUGGAAGAGUGUGCCAGGUGUAAAGGGUCUGGUUCGGCUAGUGAGGGUUUGAUGGGUGCAGGCGGCUUGCACUAUCUGAUAAGUAACCACCACCAGAUACUGGCACGUAGUGUCGAGUCGACGUUUGAGCAGCCCGUGAAGAAGGUGUGCGACCUGUAUGCAAAGGAAAGCAAGGAAACAGAGGUGAAAUACAAAACCAUGAUUAGAGAUAAGGCUCGCACGCUGAAGAAGAGCGAGAUGGACAACUACAAGUUCUCGAAGAAGAAAACCAGAAAUAUCGUUGCAUAUAAGUCCAAUUUAAUGCAGCUUGCUUCACAACUGGAUGAAAUCGACAAGAUGAAGCAUGACUAUUAUCUCACCUCGUUUGAACAGGUGCAAGAAUCUGCCCAACAAGUGCUGAAACAGGCGUCUUCUGUGGUGAGGGCAGAGGUUGAAAUUUACGAGGGAAUUGCUCGUAAGGGCUGGUCUGGUGGUGGACUAGACUCUCUGAUUGCCAGAAGUCCUGAUCCUUUCACAGCAUGGGAGUCCGACAAACAUAAUCCUUCUACGCCUGCAGAAUCGCUGGACGAAAUUACCGAAGCAGACGAGACAAUCACGAGGGAUGAAGAUGACGAAUACACGAAGAAUGGGUCCGUUAGUCCCGGGUCCGCAGCUGAACCAUCACCGUCAUCCUCUAAGGAUGUUACUGGAGGCUCAAGCAGUGCUUUACAUGUUGAACAGCUAGGCCAAGCUUUCAGCAAGGUGGGCUUGGAAGAUGGUGAUUUUGCCGAGGCCACCAGCACUCCCACUAAACCUACUCACCAUGGGAAUGGUAUCAGUGAAGUUGAUGAUGAUGAAGCUGCAGAUGAGUCCUUUUCGUUACCUGUUCCCCAUGAGUCUUCGUCUAACAUGAUCAAGGUGGCACCCGUGCUGAGUGAAUGGGAUUGA